GCCUACUCCUUGGAGCAACUGUGAGCCGCCGCCUGCAAGUCAGGCGCCUGGCCACCAGUGCCGCUUUCGCUUCCUCGGCGUCCACAUCUGGCAUGGAGGCCCGCGUGAUCUUCUUUCCCGCCGGCCGCAGUCUCUUUGACGAGCCGCUGGCCAUCACGGUGGAAGGGCUGCAGCCCCAGGAGCACGUCACGCUUUCGGCGUCACUGCGGGACGAGACCGGAAUGCUCUUCGAGUCGCGCGCCCUGUAUCUGGCAGACAGCUAUGGGCAGCUGGAUCUCAGUUGCUCGCCGGCGCUGGAAGGAGGAAGUUUCUCCGGCUUGGAACCGAUGGGGCUGCUGUGGUCGAUGAAGCCCACGGACCCCCUCAGGCGCCUGGUGAAGCGCGACGUGCAGAGUCCCUUCCGCCUGGAGGUGGAAGUGCUGGGAAGCCACAGCAAGUGCCUGGCCAAAGAAGCCCACGAGAGGGCCUUCUUGCGGGACGGCGUGAAAAGGAUCCAGGUGCGAGAGGGGAGGAUCCGGGCCACGCUAUUCCUACCCCCCGGUGAUGGCCCCUUUCCUGGAAUCAUCGAUAUUUAUGGAACUGGAGGAGGCCUUCCUGAAUACCGAGCAUGUCUGAUGGCCAGUCAUGGUUUUGCCAUGCUAGCACUAGCCUAUUAUGGUUAUGAAGAUCUCCCUAAAGAUAUGAAAGAAUUCCACCUGGAAUAUUUUGAAGAAGCAGUAAAUUAUAUGCUGAAACAUCCAAAGAUUAAAGGUCCAGGAAUUGGGCUUCUUGGACACUCUAAAGGGGGUGAUUUGUGUAUCUCCAUGGCGUCGUUCUUAAAGGGCAUCACUGCAACAGUCACAGUGAACGGCUCUAUUGCCAAUGUAGGUGCAAUACUUCGCUAUAAGGAUAUCGUCAUUCCACCUCUUGGCAUCAACAGAAAGCGAAUCAAAAUGGACCAGACUGGGAUGAUAGACAUUGUGGAUGUCCUGAACAACCCGCUGGAAGGCCCCGAUCGCCAAAGCCUUAUUCCAGUGGAGAAGGCUGAAAGUCACUUUCUUUUCAUUGUAGGUAAGGAUGACCGUAACUGGAAGAGUGAAUUCUAUGCCACUGAAGCCUCCAACCGUUUGCAGGCUCAUGGGAAAGAAAAACCUGAGAUAAUCUGCUAUCCAGGAGCAGGCCAUUACAUUGAGCCUCCUUAUUUCCCAGUGUGCUCAGCUUCAAUGCAUCUCUUGGUGGGCUCUCCAGUGAUCUGGGGAGGGGAGCCCAAGGCUCAUGCUGCAGCACAAGUGGAUGCUUGGCAGCAGAUGCAAACUUUCUUUCACAAACACCUCAAUGAUAAACAAGUUGGAAGACAGAACAAGUUAUGAGAACACUGGUUACAAAACAUGUUUUGGCAAGUAAGGGCUGUGGGAUUGUUUGACGUGCACAUAUGAUUUCUUAAGUGAAUGUUUCAAAAUUUCACUGAUGAGUGAAAACUGAAUGUAAUAGUUGACCUCUGUCUUCAUAUGUAUAUGGAGCAAUUUGAUCAUUAAUUUGCAGCAACCUCCAGUUCCCUGCUCUGUUUUCAGAUGCUGUCUUUUCAAGAUUACAUUGCUGCACUGAGAAUUGGAGGUUGCCACGGCUCAGAACGCACAUUACAGAAAAAUGACCACAAAACAUCAUCCCUUAUUGUUCAAGAUUAUAUUGAAGGCUUCACAACUAUAUCAGAAGUUUUUAAAGGAUGGGCUACCUGGUAUCUUUCAGCCUCAUGAUGGAGAAUUAAUUUAUAUUAUUGUUAUUAAAAUGGUUUAAAAUUAUUAUUAAAAUGAUUGAAAUUAAAAAUACAGACAAAACCUGUUCUCAAGCUAAAAAGUUGUGUUAUAAGAAACACUUUGCAAAUCCAAAAUUCUAUGGUGUUAACUUGUAUGCUGGUGAUUUUGAAAAUGCUUGUGAAUGAACACGAGAGUUACACAUUUUUCAGUCAAGGUAAUGGUACAUAUUUGUUGCUGCUUUGUUUUUGUAAUGUACAUUGAAGCAUAUAAACAUCUAUUGAACUGA